ACUACCAGAAAAAAUAAGAGGCGGGUGAGGGAGAUAGAUUAAUGAAGAAUUUCAGUUUCAAAAAAUAACAAUAGAAAAAUAGAAGAGAUUUUCUAGAAAAUUCACUGUGUUUUAGUCCUUUUUCAAUGGCGAUAUUAAUUCAAAACUUAGCACCACCGUCUUUAUCCCGGCAUCCACUCUAUACGUCGUCGUUCCCACUCCCUUCUUUACUUUCUGUAACAGUUUCCCCAGAAAAUUACAGAAAUGGCCAGAAGAAAUUGAAAGUUUGCAGAGCUAUGGUUGAGCAGACUGCUUAUUGUUAUUCCCCUUUUGCUAAAGAAAUGGAAAGACUUUCUGCUAAAGAAUCUCUGCUUCUUGCUUUGAAAGAUGCUGGAGGUUUUGAGGCAGUGGUCACUGGGAAGACAACAGAUGUACAGCUCAUUGAUGUGAACGAGCGGAUCAUUGCCCUUGAGAGACUUAAUCCGACACCUAGACCCACAACGUCUCCCUGUUUGGAAGGUCUAUGGAAUUUUGAGUGGUUUGGAACUGCAAGCCCGGUGUUCUUGGCUACCAGACUUAUAUUUGGAAGAAUUCCUCCAACAUUGGCAAAUUUAUCAAAAUUAGAUCUGCUAAUCAGAAAUGGAUAUGGGACUGCUAUUGCUCAUGUGAAAUUACUGAAUUCGAUCGAAAAUAAAUUUGUUCUCUCCAGCAAGUUUUCUGUUGAGGGUCCUCUUCGAAUGAAAGAGGAAUAUGUUGAAGGGAUAUUUGAAACUCCGAAGGUAAAAGAGGAUACCGUGCCUGAGCAACUAAAGGGUGCUUUGGAUCAGGCUGUUAAUACUCUCCAGCUACUUCCUGUUCCCAUCAGAGACACUGUGUCCCGUGGGUUGAAAAUUCCUCUCGGCGAGGCGUUUCAAAGACUUAUUAUGAUUUCUUACCUUGAUGAAGAGAUCGUGAUAGCAAGGAACACCGCAGGAGAACCCGAGGUUCUAACAAGGUUGGAUGCGGCCCCUGAUCCAGAACCAAUAUCUGAUUACGAGAGCUGAGAGAAAUGAGGAGCUCAAUUUCUUUGAAAGAACCUAGUCAUUUCUUUCAUCACUUCAUAGCUGUAUUUAGCAUCUACAUGACGUUAUACAUCAGUAUCAUCAUCCUACCUAUCUUUUUUUUUUUUUUCCCACCAAGUGUUGUAUAGAUUCUCACAAUGAUGAGCAUCGGACAGGAGGUCAUCCGUCUAUAAAGGAAUUGUAAAAAAAAGUUUUAACUUGUAUAAAUUGGCAGUGCAAAGAAAGUUUUACAGUA